AUGGGGGCGGCGGCAGCGGAAGCAGAUCGCACGCUCUUUGUGGGCAACCUUGAAACGAAAGUGACCGAGGAGCUCCUUUUCGAGCUUUUCCACCAGGCUGGGCCAGUGAUAAAAGUGAAAAUUCCGAAAGAUAAGGAUGGUAAACCAAAGCAGUUUGCAUUUGUGAAUUUCAAACAUGAAGUGUCCGUUCCUUAUGCGAUGAAUCUGCUUAAUGGAAUCAAACUGUUUGGGAGGCCCAUCAAAAUUCAGUUUAGAUCAGGAAGUAGCCAUGCCUCACAGGAUGUCAGUGUGUCAUAUCCCCAGCAUCAUAUUGGAAACUCAAGCCCUACCUCUACAUCUCCUAGCAGGCAUGAAAGGACUGUGGAUAACAUCAUUCCAUCAGCGCAGAUAAUUCAGAGGUCUUUCUCUUCUCCAGAAAAUUUUCAGAGACAAGCAGUGAUGAACAGUAUUUUGAGACAGAUGUCGUAUGGUGGGAAAUUUGGUUCUCCACAUCUGGAUCAGUCAGGAUUUUCCCCAUCAGUUCAGUCACAUAAUCCUACUUUUAACCAGUCUUCAAGCUCCCAGUGGCGCCAGGAGACGCCAUCCUCACAACGUAAAGUCAGACAGAAUUCUCAUCCCUACAUCCUGGACAGACAUUAUAGCCGUGAACAACGCUACACUGAUCACGGGUCUGACCAUCAUUACAGGGGAGGCAGGGACGACUACUUCCAUGAAGAUCGGAACCCUGACGGCUGGAGCCACGAUUAUGAAAACAGAAGAGACAGUAGUAGAGAUGGAAAAUGGCGUUUGUCUCGACACUAACAAGUAUUAAAGGACGAUGUUUUUAUAGGGUCAUUCUAGGUCCCUUUGGCUGAAUUGAUCUGGAGGUGUUUUGUUAACUUUACAGAGCAGCUUUACAAGUUGCCACAUUUCUUUAUAAAAUUUUUAAAACCUAUAGCUGCAGUCUAAUACAGAAAUAAGAAUUGUGGUUCCAGUUUUAUUACAUUAAUAACCUUUCACCUCAGGGUUUUAUGAAGAGGAAAGGGUUUUAUGCAAAAGAAAGUGCCACAGUUCCUAAUCAUUUUAGACAAUUAACGAAGGGAUGUGUUAUAUGGAUUGGUUGUAUUAUAAAGCAGAUAUUUUAAUUAUCUGUUAUCUUUUUGUAUUGCAAGAAGUUUGUUGUCAGUGAAUCAGAUUUUGGUGUAUAUAAUAGAAAACAUUCAAGUUUUAAUAGUCUGAAAUGACUGUCAGUAUUUUGUUGAUAAAAGAAAGUAAUUUCAGUGACUCAUUUUACUUAAAACUUAUUGGGGUUUUAAGGGGAUAAAUCAUAUUUGACUUCUUAGAGAAUUUUUAGUGUAAGUUCUGUGACAUGCUCAUUUGAGUUUUACUCUAAUUGAAGAUAAAAUUGUAAAUCUGUACAUGCUGUCUUAUUCUAAAAAUUUUUAAAUUUACUCAUUAAAUCAUGUUUGAUGUAUAACUGAAGUUAACUCAGGAAGUUAAAUAUCUCUAAAUGUAUUUUUUUACGUUAAAAAAAUACAGUGUUAAUAUAAAUCCCCUUUUCAGGAAUAACAAAAAUGUAAAAGCAGAGGUAAAAUGGUAAAAUGUUUUACUGAAAGUAUUCUUUUUGCAAAAAGAAGGUUCAUGAACCGUUUAAGUGCUGCCUCUGUUACUCAAAACUUUAAAAACUUUAACAUUUUCAGAGUGCCCAGGACAUGUGUACAUGGGUAUGUUUUAUUGUGGAGAUUGUACAGAUUGCUUUUUUGUUUGAACGUUUGAAACAAUUUAAACUUUUUCUGAUUUAAAAAUUUUUAAAUCUUGUUUAACAAAAUUGUGUAUCAAGAUGCUGUUUCCCAUUUAUUGUAGAACUGGUUUAUAAAAAAUCAUCCUUGAAAAAUUUUGAUCCUUUUUAAUAUUAGUAACCACAGCGU